AUGGCGAUCACCACACUCCAUUUUCUCCAUCCGGGUCUCUCUCAAUUCUUCAAAUUUCAUCAUGAAAUUCAUCAAAAAGCUCGACCCGAAAUGCUUAUUCGGCUCCAAAAAGAUCGAUCCAUGCUAUCCGGAUCGGAUCCAUCAUCGUUUAGCCUAGGUACAGCGACCUCCUCUUCCGACGACACGUCCUUCGACCACCAAAGCCUUCCUCUCCUGGCCCAGGAGCGCAGUCUUGUGCCGGCUUGCUCCUGCAACCCAGGCGUGCAGGCUUGCACCCUAGGCCUGCUUCUUCAUGCCCGUGUUGCCUCCUUGGAUUUGAGGAAGAAAUUCGGACAAAGAUUAGGAUUAACAACCACUCCAAUCACAAAAACCUUAACUAAUCCAAACGUCCGUUAG